AUGCCCAAGGUCAAAAGCUACUCAGCUCCGUGGCUGUCCCAUGGCCCCGGCCAUAGCUUGUUCGCGCCCUCGAACGAUGCUGCCUCCAAAGCGAUGAGCGCACCAUCGCCCUACGCGUCCAAGAAGAAGAAGACACCCGGGCCGAGACGGACUAUUGCGAGACGAGGCACCGAGGUGUUUAUUGCCGUUGGCAAGGAGUUACGAUGGGGCGACUUGGCAUACCUGAAAGAAAAGUGGUCAACGAAGCAUGCGCACCGUCGCAUGGGCAGCCGCGUCAAGCGGGAAGACUCGUCGGAUGGCUACGACGACGACAUGAUCCCCUCUACGGAGGAGGCAACUACGGCUCAGGGCUACCGGACAAUCAAAACCCCUGUCGCGGACGACAUUCGCCAGCUCGUCAUCUCCCCAAACUCGGACUACCUUGCAAUUUUGACGACGCACACCGUCCACAUUUGUGUGGUUCCCGACUCUUCGCAUCUCACGGCCGAGGACACCGGGCCACUGCGACCUAAGAUCUGGACACUGGGACCAACAACCCACGUCACUUCGCGAUCAUCGGUUGCCUCGGCUGUCUGGCAUCCUCUCGGCGUCAAGGGCUCUUGCUUGGUCACCAUCACGACGGAUGCCCUUGUGCGCGUAUGGGAGCUGUCCCUGACGGACCGGUGGUCGUUUGACUCCCCCACGUUGUCAAUCGACCUCAAGAAACUGGUGGAUGGCACAACACUGGACCAAGACUUCACAGCAUCGACGGCUGCCACGAAUGCUAGCUUUUCGCAAUAUUCUCUGGAGAUGCAGGUCGCCUCGGCGUGUUUUGCGGGCCGAGGCUCAGGCGGAUGGAGUCCCAUGACUCUCUGGGUCGCCAUGAGAGAAGGCGACGUCUAUGCGCUGAGCCCUCUGCUGCCCCAAAAGUGGGCGCCGCCUCCUACCCUGAUUCCGUCCCUGUCUGUUUCCAUCGUCUCCAAGGUGGCUGCCUUGGAAGACGACCCCGCCGUGUCUGAGAAGGAUAAGCUCCUCGCUCAGCAGCAGCUCGAGUGGAUGGGCGAUCUCGAUUCCCAAGAGCCCCAGAUACUCGACACAGCGCCGGGCGAGGAGACAGUCGAAGUGUACACACGCCCCCUCCGGCCGGGAGUCGUCCCAAGGCUUCAAGGACCGUUCGAGUUUGACGCCGAUCCCGAAAGCGAGGACGCCGGGGAUGGUCUGCUGACGGACAUCAUGGUUGUCGGCAAGAAAGUCGACACGGACGACCUGAUGAUGGGCGAGGACGAAGACCUUGAAUUCGACGACGGUGAUCACGAGGGCCUUUCGCUAUCCAUCAUCUGCCUGCUGUCCACUACCGGCCAGGUCCGCGUUUACCUAGAUUUGGAGGGUGUCGAAGCACAGUGGCUCCCGCCCCGAAACAAAUCCAAGCUUGGACGCCUCAUGUCGGCCGCUGACCCGCCGUCUUUGUUGACGUUCCAGUGCAUCGACACCAUGUCUGGGCCUGAAAUGAGCAACGACGCAUGGCCGACUUUUUCGUCGGAUGUCAUGUCACGCUACUCGCUUUUCGUCACAUCUUACGUUGGCAUCACCUUCCUCUCGCUUUCCCCUUGGGUCUUCCGCCUUGAGGGCGAGCUUUCGGGCGAGUCGGAGGCUGGCUCUGACUUCCGUCUCGGUCUCCUCGCCAAUGGGCAGAACUCUAUCCGCGAAAGACUGUACACUCAUUCUUCGGGCGAUGUCAACAUGCCGCUCGCCGCCGCCGCGGCCAUCCGCGACCCGGAUUUGGGAUACUUCCUCCUUUCGGCGACCCCGUAUGAACCGAUCGCCUUGACGUUCGACACGCCCGAGGACGACUUCUCGCCCAUCCGGCACGAGACGCCCUACGAGGAGAAACCUGCCACCAUGGAGCCCCUGGACUUUUACGAGCCUCGUCCAGCCUUCCAGCCGUCGCACGUUUUUGAGCAGCAGUCAGACCUCCCCGAGCUGAUCAACAGGCUCCGCAGCUCCCGCCACAAGACCAUUCUGAACCAGGAAAUUCGGCUGUCACCGGUCACGCUCCAGAUUCUCACAGACGCCCACCGCAUACUGGGAGAGGACACUUACCGCCUUGGUACGGCCGUGGCAGAAAUAUUCCGCCGCUGCGCCACCCUCCAAGAGGAGCUGAGGGAGCAGAUCAAGAAGGCCAACGAAGUCAAGGAGAAGAUCGAUAAGAUCGCAGGCAACGAUAAGGACGGUGAGGGGGAAAGCGACGAUGUCCGAUUCGAGAGGCGGAUUUCCGAGGCGCAGGAGCGGCAACGGCGGCUCAACAAGAGGCUGGAAGGCGUGCGCAAGUACGUCGGCAAGGCUGCAACCAGGGAACUCAGCGCCAAGGAAAAGGCUUUCGUCGAGGAGGUCAAGAGCAUGGAGGCCAGCGUGCUAGGAUCCUUGACGGAGGACGGGCCGGGAGCAAGGCAACAGAAGCAGCUAAAGAAACGUUUGGAGGACGUGCAACGACUACGGGACGAAUUGGUGGGAGAGGUGGAACGGAUACAGAAACAAAGUGAGGGCGGCCAGGACGGCAGGGAUUCGCCGUCGUCGACGGUAUCGGAUCUCAAGAUCCCAACAGAGAUCCGCAAGGCCAAGUUGCAGCAGGUCAUGUCUCUCCUCUCGCGCGAGACGGCCCUGGUCGAGGCUGUAAGCUCGCGACUGGAGCGACUCCAGACGUAG